AUGUGUCUUCGAAAAAGUGGACAGUAUUCCUCCAUAUUUGACUGCGCCAGGAAGCUCUACCAUGAAAAUGGAUGGAGAAUAUUCUAUCGGGGCUACGUGCCAAACAUUCUGGGAAUCUUACCGUACGCUGGAAUAGAAUUGGCUCUUUUUGAAACGUUCAAACAAACCUACGCACGAUGGACUAGUAAGGAUGGCAAAGAACCUUCCGGUCCGCCGUCUGUCUAUGUGUCUGUAUCUGCUGGGGCAUUGUCCUCUGUCUGUGGUCAACUUGGCACGUAUCCUUUGGCACUGGUUCGGACAAAGCUCCAGGCACAGACAGCAGGAUCGGAAAGGGUGAGUGUGCAUGCUGAACAUGCCGGGUAG